AUGUAUAGAGAGGAACUAGAAUGGAUGAUCCACACGCCAGAGAAACUGGUAGUUGGGGGAGAUUUAAACUCCAGCGUCGGUGACUUAUCGGGUAGGGAGCGCAACGAAGCCGCGGGCCCCUGUGGGUUUGGACACACGAAUGACGCCGGAAACGACCUGAUGAACUGGUGCUUAAGGAAUAAUCUACAAUGGGCCAACUCGUUUUUCAGACACCGCUACCGAGGGACAUGGAAACACACGGUGACUGGAGCGCGGCACGAGAUAGAUGGUUUCCUAGUAGAAAAAAAGGUGGACAGACAAAGAUGGGUGAAGGACAUAAAGAGUUCACAAGUGAGAACCGACGCGUCAGACCACCUACCGAAAGAGAUCACGUGUAAUCUUUUCUUCAAACUCAGGAUCGUCAUAAACCCCUCCACCAGCUGCAUAAAUUGGGACCGCCUCAAGGAAGACAAGACUUCUGUCAGUUUUCAGAAAAAAAAUAAAACUGAACCUAAGACGGGAGCAGGAAUGGGAAAGGCCAUACAAGUAGUGACCAAGGCUGGGAAAAAAUGCUGCGGACUGAAGGAAAAGAAAAACCUGCCAUGGAUGGACGACCACAAGGACGAGAUUCAACAAUACCAAGAACAGAUCACCCGUGAAACAGAAGAGAUAGACAACACCAGGGUCGACGAGCAGACACGCAGAAGACAGAAUCGGAAGGGAACGAGGAAAAGAUUCAAGGCCGACAAAGAAAGAUGGGAAGAAGAGUGGUGGCUGAAAGUUGUAGAAGAAGCUAAGGCUGCGGAACGCACCGGAGACAUCAGAAAGCUAUACUCAGCCCUCAAAAGGAUCCGCAUAAAGGACUCAACCACCAUCGAGGAGAAAUACUUCACACCAAACGAGUUCAGAGAACACUUCCAAAAGGUAUCGGACCAGAGAUUCGAACGUGAAAUUCAUGAGAUAAAAGAGACCUCGAAACUCGCAACUCAAAGGUGGGAUGAGAAUAGUAUACAGGCCGCGAAGGUUCUGGGACGAGAGAUCACAUGGCCCGAAUUCAACAACGAGAUAGAAAGCAUUAACGAUAGUGCUCCAGGUAUCGAAAACGUGAGGAUGAUCGCUGUGAAGAGAGGUGGAAAACAUCUAAGACAAGCGUUGUUCCGAUGCAUCAUGAAGAUCGUUGAAACCCAAUCUGAGGACUGGCCAGAAAGGAUCAAAGAAGGAUGGGUAAUACCGCUACACAAGAAAAGUGCGAAGAACGAUCUCAAUAACUAG